AUGGCUGAUGGCAACGAGGAUCUGCGAGCGGACGACUUGCCAGGGCCAGCCUACGAGAGCUAUGAGUCCAUGGAGCUCGCCUGCCCCGCCGAGCGCAGCGGCCACGUAGCCGUCGGCGACGGGCGCCACAUGUUCGUCUGGGGCGGCUACAAGAGUAAUCAAGUCAGAGGAUUGUACGACUUUUAUCUGCCUAGAGAAGAACUAUGGAUCUACAACAUGGAGACUGGAAGAUGGAAAAAAAUUAACACAGAAGGGGAUGUUCCUCCUUCUAUGUCAGGAAGCUGUGCAGUGUGUGUGGACAGGGUGCUCUACUUGUUUGGAGGACACCAUUCAAGAGGCAAUACGAAUAAGUUCUACAUGCUGGAUUCAAGGUCUACAGACAGAGUACUACAGUGGGAAAGAAUUGAUUGCCAAGGAAUUCCUCCAUCAUCAAAGGAUAAACUUGGUGUCUGGGUAUAUAAAAACAAGUUAAUAUUUUUUGGAGGUUAUGGAUAUUUACCUGAAGAUAAAGUAUUGGGAACUUUUGAAUUUGAUGAAACAUCUUUUUGGAAUUCAAGUCACCCAAGAGGAUGGAAUGAUCAUGUACAUAUUUUAGACACUGAAACAUUUAUCUGGAGUCAGCCUAUAACUACUGGUAAAGCACCUUCACCUCGUGCUGCCCAUGCCUGUGCAACUGUUGGAAACAAAGGCUUUGUGUUUGGAGGCAGAUAUCGAGAUGCUAGAAUGAAUGAUCUUCACUGUCUUAAUCUGGAUACGUGGGAGUGGAAUGAAUUAAUUCCACAAGGCAUAUGCCCAGUUGGCCGAUCUUGGCAUUCACUAACACCAGUUUCUUCAGAUCAUCUCUUUCUCUUUGGAGGAUUUACCACUGAUAAACAGCCACUAAGUGAUGCUUGGACUUACUGCAUCAGUAAAAAUGAAUGGAUACAGUUUAAUCAUCCCUAUACUGAAAAGCCAAGAUUAUGGCACACAGCUUGUGCCAGUGACGAAGGAGAAGUCAUUGUUUUUGGUGGAUGUGCCAAUAACCUCCUUGUCCAUCACAGAGCUGCACACAGUAAUGAAAUACUUAUAUUUUCAGUUCAACCAAAAUCUCUUGUAAGGCUAAGCUUAGAAGCAGUCAUUUGCUUUAAAGAAAUGUUAGCCAACUCGUGGAACUGCCUUCCAAAACACUUACUUCACAGUGUUAAUCAGAGGUUUGGUAGUAACAACACUUCUGGAUCUUAAGGCUUCAUAGAUAAUGCCUCUGAUCACCUUGCAUGGACAGCAAUUCUGUAAACAUCAGAGAGUGGCAUCGUUUGUAUAAUUAUAUGCAUUGUUGUAGUUUGCAGCUUUUUGGUUUUAAUGUGCAUGUGAAUGGCCUAGAGAACCUAUUUUUGUGUCUAAAGUUUACAAUAAAUGUAUUUAACACCA